AUGAAGUUACUCGACGCUGCCUAUCCUCAACGAGAAGACAUCCCCCGCAAUGGUUCCAUCCAUUCACUUAUCGACUGCGAACCUUACCGCAAGCCUCAGCCUACGCAACUCAUCUAUUUCCUGAGCUACUAUACCGAGGUCAAGAUCAUCGUAGCCGCCAGACCGGAAGGUGCCUUCCACAAGAUGUACUGGAAGUCACAACUGCAUCUCUCCCCCUUCCUUUUACGCCCUGCCAUCAAGGCCGUCUGCCACAGCACUCUCGAUUAUCUCUGGCUCACGCAGCGGCACUCCUUCACUCGCAAGAUCCUCAACGACCCUGCAUCCAACAGCUCCUUCACCGAAGCCCUGGACGUCCUUGACAUAAUCAGGCGCCAAACCUCCGGCUACAUCAUCGCGGAGCUCCCGCCCCCGCUCCGCCGCUCCCAAAUACUCUACACCUCCUUCAUCGCGCGCUUCUAUGAGUCCCAUACCAAGCUGGAGAUGAGAUCGCUCGCCAGGAUUUUGAACCUCAUUCUCGCCUACCAUUCUCCCUCCCUCCAUCAAUACGCUCCGGUCCAACCGCCCGCUUUCGCUCCUGCAGUUAACACUUUGCUUCAAAGAGUGCUUGGUCAACAACUGCCUUUUCAAAGGAGCCUUUGA